AUGCUCCGACAUCCCGUCGUUGCAUGUGAAUACAAAUGGUUCUCAGGCCCGCUUGAACCAAUGUCAACAGUUGUGAAGCGAUCAGUCGGGCGGCCCCGCAAACAUCCCAUCCAAUCCCCCGAGUCACCGGAAGUCUCCGCCCACAAUUCUCCAGAAGUCACCAUCGUCGAAUCGUCCCGCACACCACCGUCACGUAAACUUCUGAAACCGAGAAUCGCGCGGGACGCCACGACGAGACGUGUCAAAAGGAAUAUGGACCUUCGUGACAAGAACAAUCGAAUCAAGUUCCGGUCGAGUUUGUUGAGUAAGAAGGACAGAGCAUGGAGGGAUUCGUCGUGGGAGACUGAUGAUGAGCACGAGGGGGCGGAGUCUACGGAGAAAGAGGAGGAGAGCAAGGAAAACGAGCCGACGCAAGAGGAGAAGAUUAGAGGAUAA